UGCACAGUCAGACAGACUCAGGAGUGAAGAACGCUUCACGUUAAAGAGGAGAAAAUCACUGCAGGAGAAACGACUGAUCUUCACAACCUGAAGUAAGGAUGAACUCUGGGAUCCGGUGCAUCGUUCUUCUGGCCUGCAUCACCAUCUGCUCCUCAGCCAGUAUUAUGAGGUGUAAGUGUAUAAAAACGAUUUCUGCAGUAAGGACCCGUUUCAUCGCUGAUGCGACAGUGUAUAAACCUGGUCCAUCCUGCAGCCUACAGGAAGUGAUUGUCAUCCUGAAAAAUAAAACCCAGCUCUGUCUUGACCCAGCGGGACGUCAGGCUCAAGACAUCAUCAGAAUCCUGAAAGCAAAAGAAAUGCAGACAAAGGCUGAGCAGACGAGCAGCGUCAACACAAAAGCAACUUCUGCAGCAACCACAACUACUGCAGCAACCACAACUACUGCAGCAACCACAACUACUGCAACAAUCAUAACAUCAGCAACAACCACAUCAGUAGCAGCAACAUCAACAGCAACAGCAGCAUCAACAUCUCUGUAAUUUGUUUUAAAUGCACCACAUUCAGAUUAUCAACUCAGCAAAGACCUGAAACAGUGAAAAGACAAGUUUUAGUUGUCAUAAAGUUUUAGCACAACUUGACUUUCAAAACUGUCAAUUCCUUUGUGUGAUGUAUUUUAAUGUGAUAUAAUUUAAUUAGUCGAUAAUUUAAAUUCAUGGAUGUAAUUUAUGAACUAUGGUUGAUUAUUGUCAACAUUUAUUUGUAUAAUUUGAGGUAUUUAAAUAUGUAUGUUUUUUUUAUCUAUUCAAACUCACUUCUCUAUGAUGUCACGAAUGAAAACAUAUUUUAUAAUAAACAACAGUUGAUAGAAACACAAAAA